UAAUUGUGAUGCAGUGUCCAUAGUCGGAAAAUGCAAACUGAAGUACCUACAUUACCUGUAGUACAGUUAAAUACCAACGCAAACCUUCAUAGAAGUCAAAAUUCUAAUUUAAAGAAAUCCGCUACAGAUGUGAAAGCUACUGCAACACACAAAAGUAUAGUAUAUAUUUCGUCCAAUAAAAAGAGCUUACAUCCUUUACUUGCACAGCCAUACCAAAGUAGCAUUCGACAGAAGACAUCAGAUCACUUAAAGGUCAAUAAAAACGGUAUUAAGCAAAUAGUUUUGUCAGCAAGAAUGUUACGUGUUAAGGAAUUACAAAAUCAAUUAGCUGAUGCACAUUAUCAGUUGAAUGAGUUAGCUAAUGAAAAUAGAUUAUUGAAAUCAUUACAAAAACGACAGGAUUCUGCAUUAAAACGUUAUGAAGGAACAAAUGCAGAAUUACCACGGAUCAUUAAUUCUCAUCAUGAAGAAUUACGGGUACUUCAAAUUAAAUAUAAAAAGCUGAAAGUUUUGCAUAAAGAAACAUCUAAUUUAUUGAAAGAGAAAGAAAAUGAACUUCUACAGUUACAGUCUCAAAAUAAACAUUUAUUGCAACUUAGUAAAGAUCGUAAUUUAGGAGAGAGGGAAAAGCUACAAUCACAAAUUUCUGAUCUAAAUUAUAGAAUAGAGCAACAACAAGAUACAAUACAGACACUACACAGAAAAUUAUCUCUUGAAAGUAAAAGUUUAAAACAGCAAUUGUAUACAGAAAUUACAAAGAGGAAAGCAACACAGAAACAUUUAGAAGAAACAACACAAAAAUUAAAAAGUUUAGAACAUUUAUUAGAUAAUAGGGAACGCAAAUUAUAUUGUAAUGGACAAUUACCACUCCCUACUAAAAGCAGACAAUUGGGCACACAAUUUCUUACAAAUCCAAGAGAUAUUAAUAUAUCAAAUCCAUUGAAGUCACCAGAUCAGCAUAAAAAAUGGCAAAACGAUCUAGAAGGGCAUAGUUUGCCUGUUCUGAAUCCACCUCAGGCAAAUGAUAAGAACAUCGGGACAGAUGAAACAAUUGAUUUAAAUCAAUCUUUAAAUUCUGUGAAGACCGAAACAAUGGCUAACUUGGAGCAAAUAAAAAAGUAUCGUCUCCAAAAGUCUGCUCAGAGAAGAAUAAUGCCAGAUGAUUUUGAAGAAAAGUUCGAAGAAUUAAAUUACGUUGCAAAUAAAGGUCCCAAGAAUUCAAUUUCUCUUAAUGAUUCAGAAAGAUUGGAAGAAGAUGACGAGGAUUACGAUAGACAGUAUGAAAUAAGCGCCCAUAAUUUUAGAAAAAUAUAUGAAAAUCGAAAAUGUCAAACUUUUAACAAAGUAUUAAAAAAAGAAAUUGCUUAUUCAUCUGCAAGUGAUGAUAGCGAAGGCGAAAAUGACAAUUUUAAGGACAAUCAGGUUGAUGUGACCAUUAGCCCUAGAGAAUCACAUAUAAGUUGCAGAUUAAUUAAUAGUGAAGAUGGGGCUGGAAGUUCAAAGGAAUUAGCAUUAUCUAAUUGUAAAUUUGAAGAUAAGAAUGAUUUUUAUAAGAAUGAUAUUGAAGCUGAUACUGGUGGAAGGAAAGAAUCAAUUGGACAUUAUUUAUUAUCAAAUCAAUCGAAUGAUGGUCUUAAAUCAGUUUCAACUUCAGAUGACAAUCAAAUUCAUUAUAGCUCUGAUCAAGAAUCUGAGAAGCUGACAAUUUCUCAUUUUUUGAACGAAUCACAGAAGAUGUAUCAAAAUUUAGUUAAUGAAAUGGAAGCACAGGCUGGAAAUACGGAAAAUAAAAACUUGUCUGCCUUACAAAAUAUAAAUAUAAAUAAUGAACAAGUAGGCAUCAAUUAUUCGAUAAAUAAAUUUUCAGAAAAUCUACUAAAGCAUAUUGUGGAACAGCAAGCACCUGAGGAGGAAGCGAUAGAAAAAACUAUUGAUGCCGUUUAUGAAAGGAACGAUGAACUUCAAGACAAAGUAUUAAAGCAAAUGGUUUCAGUAAGAGAUUAUGACAAAUUCGAAACAUCAUUUAUACCAGAUUCAAUAUCACAUACCUCGGAAAUUUUUUCUAAUGAGCCACAGGAUAAUCUUCUUGCAACAAAUUCAUGUAAUGCGUUAAUUAAUGUACACAAACAGCAAUCAAAUGUAACAUACGAGAAGGACGCAAACAAUUACAAUGUAGAAGCGAGAAAUAAAUUAAACAAACAUGAAGUAAAUGAAGAAUUAAAAGAUACCGAUAUUUCAUUAAGUAAUAUACGAUCCUCAAAAUCUGAUUCAAUUCUUGAUGUAACUAAUAAAAUCAACGCCAUUAGUAUAAAUGAGAAUGAUGCCAAAAUAAAAACUAUUAGCUAUAAUAAAGAAAAGUUAUUAGCAAAAAUGAAAGCUAUUGAUGAUAAUGAGAACAUAGAAUAUUUAAAUCAAGACUAUGAAAAAAAUAAAGUAAUAAAUAGGAAACAAAUAACUGAAAAUUUGUUUCGUGGUGUACCUACACAUAUAAAGAAAAAACAAGAUAUUAUGAAAGAUAUUUUUAAUACUGAUGGGUUAAAAAAUGAACCCACAGAUUGGCAGUACUGAUCUCAGAAUCACCCAGAAUUGACAAGAAAGAAGAACAAACAAGGAAGCAACAAGAAGGAACCUGUUGUGCACAGAAGGCAGUGGAAUG